AUGGCAAACACCGAAGCAUCCCCUGGAGAUACGACAGAUUUUGGUGACUUUGUGAAGGAUGAAGACGAGGAAGCUGAUCUCGAAGAGAUUGCUGAGCCGUGGCAUAGAUACCGCACCGAGGAUAACCAAUAUGCCCUCUAUCCCAUUCGCCUUGGGGAAGUGCUCAACGAAAGGUACCUGGUUGAACAUAAACUUGGCUUUGGUGUCAUGGCCCUAGGGAAAUGGGGCGACAACGAAAUUCGAAUCCAGGAUGAGAUUAUCAAGACGGUACGGGAUACUUCUCGGCUGAUUAUCUAUUCCGCGACUUUUUUUCUACCCCGAGAUGAUAAAGGCUACCAUAGGAUCUUGGUGUUCCCUAUGAAAGGGCCAUCUAUCUGCCCUCUUGGCUUACAAAGGAUUCCGAUGGCCUCUCGUAUGUCUGCCGCUCGGCAAUUACUAGAGACUGUGGCAAGUUUACAUGAAGCUAGGAUCAUACAUCGCGAUUUAAAUGUAAAGAACUGUAUGUGGGGAAUGGCUCCUAUCGAUGGUCUCAGCAGAAGCGCCAAGUAUGAGUUACUCGGCCGGCCUAUAAAGGAGACAAUACCAUUUGUCGAUCUUUGGAAAAAGCGCGAGCUUGUGAGCCCUGUAAAUGUUCCUGACGACCUUCGCACAGACGAAUUCUAUCUCUGCGAUUUUGGUCUAGCAAAGAAAAUUGGCGACCUCGAGACUCAACGCGGCUACCCACCUAUGCAUUAUUGCUCUCCAGAUCGACUAUAUAAGCAAGAGCCAAGUUUUGCCUGUGAUAUGUGGAGCUAUAUGGCUAUUUUCUCGAUGCUCUACCUUGAAUUUCCUCCGUUUCCCACAUUUGUCGAUGGUGGAGUUGUGAGUGGUAUGGUUGAAUGCCUAGGCCCACUACCUGAGAAGUGGAAGGGUCUUUACACACAUCGAGGCGGACUCGAUUCAUGGUAUGAUCAGGCUCAAUCUCCUGAUCCAGAACAUAUCAUUGCUGAGAAAAUUGCGUAUUUCCGUCCCGAUGCUGAUCUGGCCGAGCGGCAACAUGUGGAAUCUAUCAUGUCGAAAGUUUUUAUUUAUGAGCCAGAAAACGGCUUACCGCAAAGGAACUUUUGCGAGAUCCUUCAUUUAGGGCCAUCAUGGAGCGGUAUGGGUGCUGAGACUCGAAGUGAAUCUUAUUUGAUGGGAGGCCUGUACAAAACGAGCGACGCAAUCAAGACAAGCCAAUUGAAAGAGAAAUAUGAUAAAUGA